AUGGCCCAUCCGGAACUGUUCAAGAGCUUCGACAUCGGCGGUCCAAUUCUGAAACAGUCGUUUAUUGACGCAGGGUUCGGAUGCAACAACCCUCUUGCUCAUGUUCUGGAAGAAGUAAAGAGACUACACCCAGGACGACAUGUAUCAACCAUCCUAAGCAUAGGCACCGGUCAUACAAGUACGAUACAGAUCCCAGAUGGGUCAGUAUUCCGCCAAUUCCUACCGACAGCUGCGAUCGGGGCAAUGAAGGGAAUCACAGAGGAUGCAGAGAAGGUGGCGGAGGAGAUGGCAAAGCGGUUCAACUCGACGGAUGGCAUUUAUUUUCGACUUAGCGUUGAUCAGGGACUGCAGAGUAUUGAGGUAGACAAAUGGGACCAAUUGGACGAGGUGGCAGAACAUACCCACGCAUACAUGAAGAUACAAACAGUUACGCAAACAAUCGAUAAAGCAGCGGAAUCAAUACACCUAAGGAGGAACAAUUUACCUGCGGUUCAGAUAAAUGGCGAGAUCCAAGUCGCAAUACAGCGCGCCGAAGGUCCUGGCACCCUCUCCACUAUUCGACGUUGCCCGGCACCGUCGCCCAUGUUUGCGGGGUGCGAGCAUAAGCUGCGCAUGACCGAGUCGUGUAUCAUGGGAGCUGGCAGGGAGCUCAAGGUUUGCAUCGUUCAUGGGCUUGGAGGGGCUGGCAAGACACAGAUGGUACUCAAAGUGAUCGAAAGGACGUAUGACAAAUGGAAAGAGAUCAUAUACAUCGACGCAAGCACCCGUGAAUCCAUCGAAGCCGGACUACAAGAGGUGGCCACGGCCAAGAAGCUCGGAGACACGCAUCGAUCUACACUUCAGUGGCUUGAGUCGUACCGUGAGCCAUGGCUGCUUGUGCUCGACAACGCAGAUAACCCAUCGGUCUCGAUUCGUGACUACAUCCCUCGAGGCAAUCACGGUAGCGUAAUCAUCACCACCCGGCUAUCUGGCAUGGCUACACUUGCACGAGGGCAAAACUCUGAGUGCAACAUAUCAAGUAUGGACCCGGAAGAUGCGCUAAAUUUGCUGCUCAAGUGUGCGCGUCUAAAUGACCAGAAGCUAUCGCCGAAAGAAGAAGAGAGCUCCAGAGAGCUGGUUAAAGAGCUUGGCUACUUUGCACUUGCAAUAGUACAGGCUGGGUCUUUUAUCGGGCAUUCGCCUCAUAUGUCAAUCACCAGAUACAGGUCUCUGCUUGGGGGUGAACAACGAAGCGCACUAGAAGCCUAUCGCAAACUACCUGCCGCAGUCAAGGCCGACAGCUAUGGACACACGGUGUAUACAGCCUGGCUGAUGUGCUACAAUGGCAUCGGACCUCUUUCUCAACAACUUCUGUGGCUAAUUGCGCACUUGCAUCACACCGGAAUCACCGUCGACAUUUUUCGAAGAGCGGCCAUCAGUAUCGUGGCAUAUAAUCCUAGGCUACCCACUACCAAGCUUGAAAAUUUAGCACAAAAGAAGCUACAAAAGUUUUUAGGCGCAUUCAUAAACUCGGAAGGUGAAUGGGAAGAACUCCUAUUCGCACAGGUUAUCCACGAGAUCGUAUCGCGCUCGCUACUGGAGUACGACCGUAUGAAUCAAGCUUAUCGCAUUCAUGCACUUGUGCAAGACUGGGUCCGCACGGUAGUACCAUAUGAACACGAUCUGGCAGCAAAAUGUGCGGAGAUGUUGCUCUCGAUAUCGGUCGGUGGGUGUACGGAUGACACUAUGGAUGCCAUUGUAUUCCGAAUGAGUAUUGGACUUCAUAUCGACAAAGUAGUUUGGAGUAGCCUUGAAAGGGUUGGGGUAGAGCACGCAUUAAAUUUCUCUAGGGUGUAUGCGAGUAGAGGACAGUGGAGGCAGGCCGAGCAGCUACAGAUCAUCGCUCAAAAGGCUCUCAGGCAGGCUUUGGGUGACGAGCACCCGGAUACACUGACGUCCAUGCAUGAAGUGGGACGAGCUCGCUCGCAUAUGGGGCAAUACGAAGAUGCAAGAGCAAUUCAUGCCCAGGUGCUACGCAUACGAAAAAGAGUGCUAGGCAGCGACCAUCUCGAUACACUGGAAACCAUGAACAACCUUGCGAUUGCUUACUCUCACCUAGGCCGAAGCGAGGACGCAAGAGCAUUGCAUGUCCAGGUGCUACACAAGCGGAGACGAGUGCUGGGCAGCGAUCAUCCCGAUACACUGGCAACCAUGAAUAACAUUGCAAUCGCUUAUUCCUACCUGGGCAGAUACGAGGACGCGAGAGCAUUGCACACCCAGGUGCGACACAGGCGCGAGCGAGUACUAGGCAGAGACCAUCCCGAUACACUAGCAACCAUGAACAACCUCGCAAACGCUUAUUCAUACCUGGGACGACACGAGGACGCAAGGGCGCUACAUGCCCAAGUGCUACGCAGACGGGAGCGGGUGCUGGGCAGAGAUCAUCCCGACACACUGAGAAGCAUGAACAACCUUGCGAAUUCUUACAUCGGGCCGGGCCGAUACGGGGACGCAAGAGCACUGUACAUCCAGGUAUUACAAAGACGGGAGCGAGUGCUCGGCAGCGACCAUCCCGAUACACUGGCAACCAUGAAUAACCUUGCAAACGCUUACUCCAACCUGGGUCGAUACAAUGAUGCAAGAGCACUUUAUGCCCAGGUGCUAGAUGCGCGGAAGCGAGUGCUAGGCAGCGACCACCGUGAUACACUGUCGACUAUGAAUAAGCUUGCAAAGGCCUGCUCUCAUCUAGGCCGGUACGAUGACCCAAGAGCACUGAGCGCCCAGGUGCUAAACACACGGAAGCAAGUGCCGGGCAGCGACCAUCCCGACACACUAACAACCACAAACACAUUACGCCAAAGCCAUCCGCCGCUUCGCGGAACUCAUUAG